AUGCCAAGCGAGUCAAGAUCAAUUCGAAGUUCUCCUGCCAGCGACCCUUCUCCAGUUCGAAGGCACCACUACACUACUGCCACCACUACAGAUGAAGAGCUGAAGUCACUGCUGAAGGCUUCCAAUACACUACAGCAGAAGAUCGCUGUGCUGCUUCAAGCGAAGAAUGAAGAUCGCCAAGGACCGAAGAUUAUGCCCGAACGAGGCCUGAAGAUUAGACCUGACGAUAAUGAUUCUGAUAACUCUUCCUCGGAUGACGACGACAAGUCAGACUCGGAUGACUCCCUCAAGAGCGAUGAGUCAAGUAGUUCAAGUCAUUCAAGUAGAAGAUCAAGUGUGGCAAGAUCGCCACGUACAUCCAGACACUCAAGAACCCAAAGUCAUGAUGACCAUCAUGUUACUAGAAGGCUAAUCAAGGAACUAAACAUAAAAGAAUCCUUCUAUCCAAGACAUGAGAAGGCAUAUGACGAUCAGCUCGACCUUCUUGAACGUCUGACGAGGGCAAAAGGAUUCGAUGUCAAUAGACUCUCCCAAGUGAUCAUGAGUGUUGCCGAUGACAACGUGUUGUAUCGGAUCAACAAGAAGAAGAUCUAUGGAGUCAAAGAAUGGCAAGCGUUCAGAGAUCAGCUAGCAAAAGAGUUAUACCCGUAUAGCAACGAGAUUGACGUUGUGGCGCAAGACUUGAGUGAAGUUGAAGAACGCGAAGAUGCCGAAGAUUUAGUAAUAUGGUUCGAGAAAACCGUACAACGGUACCAUAUGCUAAGAAGACCUGAAACAAGCUCUAUUGAAUAA